UCCUGGUCGUGCCUGUCAGUGUGGUUGGCGGCCGUGGCGGCUCCUCAGGCCGGCUUGUCUGUCAGUCAGUCAGCGGAGCGGGGACCAUGGCUUGCGGGGAGCCUUGGUAGCAGGCGGGCGGGAGGAGGAGGAGAGGGCGGGCCGGAGCCGCUGCGACAGAGAACCUACGGGCUCGGGGCGCUGCUCGGGAAAGCUUCCUUCUGCCUGUUGGUGGCUAUUCUACAUGGGUCAUCCAUGGUCCAGCCAGUAGUCUAUGAAGAAAGGACUUAAAGCCAUGUCUCACUGAUGGAGGCCAGCUCUCAGUCCACCAUGAGAAGUUGCCUCAAUGUGAAAUCAGUCUGAAAAACAAGUUGGAGUCAAAUUUUGGAGGCUUGAAAUACCAUGGAGGUCUAUAUUUAAUCCCUGAAGAAAUAAGGAGCUACUGGAGUUUCUUGAGCAAGAGAAAGGCUUUGAACAGAUGUGGAAAGAUGUUCGAGACAGAAAAAGUGAUUGUGGAGGAAUGGUUGUCAGAAUUUAAGACACUACCAGAACCAUCUAUAUCAGAGUAUGCCAGACGUUUGAAAGAUAAAACUGCUUUGAUUUCAUCAUUAUAUAAAGUUAUCGAGGAGCUACAAAGUGAGCUGAUAGAGCCUGUGUGUCACCAGCUCUUUGAGUUCUACAGAGGUGGAGAAGAGAAGCUCCAAUGCUUCACACUGCAGUUUCUCCCAGAACUGAUAUGGUGCUACCUGAGCACGGCUGUCACCCAGAAACGGCAUAGCCUGGGCUGCAUUGAAGCCCUUCUUCUAGGCGUUUACAACUUGGAAAUAGUUGACAAAGAGGGACGUAACAAAGUGUUGAGUUUUACAAUCCCAUCUUUAUCCAAGCCAUCAAUAUAUCAUGAACCUUCCAGUAUUGGUUCCAUGGCUCUGACAGAGAGUGCUUUAUUCCAUCAUGGUUUAUCAAAAGUUGUUUACAGUGGACCUCAUCCUCAAAGGGAGACAUUAACAGCUCAGAAUCGGUUUGAAGUGUUCACAUUCCUUUUAUUGUGUUACAAUGCUGCCUUAACCUACAUGCCUAAUAUUUCUCUUCAGUCACUAUGUCGAAUUUGUUCAAGAAUCUGCAUUUGUGGUUUUCCUCAACAACGUCUGAGAACAUACCAAGAGAUUAAUUACAAGAUCCCAGUUUCUGCAGAAUUCAUGGUGCAAAUGUUAACAGGAAUUUAUUUUGCCUUUUAUAAUGGAGAGUGGGAUCUGGCUCAGAUGGCACUGGAAGAUGUCCUGUACAGAGCCCAGUUGGAAUUGUAUCCUGAACCAUUGCUGGUUGCUAAUGCAAUAAAGACUUCAUUGCCUACGAUUGCCAUGACAUCUGCUAAGGAUGGUAAAAGAUGCAUUCAGGUUGAAAUUACACCAUCUUCAUUGAAAAUAUCCAGAAAUGCAGUAACCAGCCUGUCAAUAAGAGGGCAUAGAUGGAAAAGACAUGGUGAGGCGGCCGCGCAGGAGGAGCUCACGGGGAUAGCCGAAGUGGACGAGGGCUUCUACUCCAGGGCUGCGUCCAGCACCAGCCAGUCGGCCCUGCCCGGCAGCCACGGCUCCAGCAAGAGCGGCCUGGGGAAGGCCCCGCGGAGGCCCGCGGGCAGCCGGGGCGGAGGGAAGGACAGGGAGGCCCCGGGCGAGCCGGGCCGAGAGGCCCCCGCCCGCAAGCACAGCUCCAGGGCCCUGAGCGAGAACCUGGAGCUGCUGUCCCUGAAGAGGCUCACGCUGACCAGCAGCCAGUCCCUGCCCAAGCCGGGCAGCCACAGCCUGGCCCGCACGGCCACCACCGUCUUCAGCAAGUCCUUCGAGCAAGUCGGCGGCGGCGGCGGCGCCCCCCAGCCCGCGGGCCCCGCCGGCGCCGCCGCCGAUGCCAACCGGUUCUCUGCUUGCAGCCUGCAGGAGGACAAGCUGAUCUACAUCUCGGAAAGGACCGAGCCGCCCAGCAUCAGCGUCACCCUGUCCCCCGACUAGCGCCGGGGCUUCCCUCCGCCGUCCUUGGGUGGCCCUCACUGCGCUUUAGACCAGGCACAGGCAGACUUUCAGCCCCUCAUUGUUGUAGCGAGCCCCCCAGUGUAGAGCAGCCCGGCCCCCCCGGACCUCAGCGCCCACCCCAGGCGGCCGCUCUCCGAGCCUCCUCCGCGUUCCUCCACGUCUGGGGGGCUUCUGGGGGGCGGCCCUUGUGCCGGAGCAGGACAACCCCCGGACCCCCCGCCGCGCUCGAGCCCCGAGGGACAGGCGUGGAGAGGCGCCUCGAAGCACGAGCCAGGGAGUCGGGAAGACCCGAGCGCCCCAGCCGGGGAGGGGCUCCCCGCGCCUGGCGGGCUCUCCGCAUCUCCAUCCGGCCUCUCUCCUGACGCAGCGUGGAAAACAGCCGCCACUUAGUUGGAGCAGCUCCACACCGGCCCGUCCGAACCUCCCCGUCGGGACAAGGCUGCAAGGACGGGUCUGGCUCGUCUGAGCGCCUCGGCCGGGAGAGGCUCCGGGAAAAAGCCCGACACCCUCCUCGCACUCCAGCGCGGCCAGGCUCCCCCCAGGGGCCCCCCAGAUCACCGGGGCUCCCGCCGGGCCCAAGAAACGGGGCGAGAAAGGGCGAGUCCUGGCCGGAAUCCUCGUGGAGCAGCAUUUUCUGUAUCCUUUUUAACGAUGAGCCGCCCAUCAGGCAUUGCUCCCUCCUUAAGCGUUACCUUGUCCUGCGUGGGGGAGCCAGCAGCGACGAGGCAGCCAGGGUGAGCGCGGUGUCCAGUUUGAAGGCAUGUUGCAGCUGGGACGGCUCCAAAGCCUGGACUUGAACCCGCGGCCCGCUGCGGCUCCACCCUGUCGGAGGGCAGGACUUCGCGAGACGCUUCCGUUGAGAUUCUGCGAUUUUAUCGGAACGGCUUCACGGAACCAUUUUUGUGGCUUAAGAAUCCCUGCGUACGUUUGGAGAAGCGUUUUGUGGCUUGUUGAGCUUUGUGAGAGCGGAUGGAGAGCGUAGGACGGAGGGGGGAGGGGGGACCUCUCCAGGCUGGCUUAGUGGCACGAUGCUCAGCGCUGUCCGCGGGUCUGCCGCUGUUCAGAGUACACCGAGCUUCCCCCCCCAUCGUGGGCGUGGAGUCUGCGUUGUCCUUUUGUGCCUGUCACUGUGUUUUAGAGCCACUCCCGAGCUGCAGGCUGCAGCUUUCCAUACAGUGGAGGGUGUGGUGUCACCUCUUUAAAUGGUGGAAGGCCAGUUCGUUCACGAGUCCGCAUACAGCACGGAUGUGGAGUUUUUUAAUUAGCCCAAUCAGAGCCCCUUUUUCUUGGAAGCGCUUCCUCCUGUCUAGCCUUGAUUGUGCUCCAUUUCCCUGGCCACCUUUUCUUCCAAUUAUGUUGUGAUCCUCAUCUUUUCAGUCCGUUUGCUUUUUAAUUGUAUCCUAGCAUUGACAUUCCUGAAGAAUAAACCACAAGUUUGAAUCCUUUUUAUGUGCUACCUGCCUUUUUAUGGCAACAAAAAUAAAUUGGAGUUCGUUUUUUGAA